AUGGACAUCAAACGGGAAGAGAGAUUUACCUAUGAAGACAUGAAGAAGACGGCGGACUGGCUGUUAUCCAAGACGAAACACCGCCCCAAAGUUGCCAUCAUCUGCGGCUCGGGCCUCGGAGGGCUGGCUGAUUUGCUGAAGGACCAAGUUUCCUUUGAAUAUUCCAAGAUCCCCAACUUUCCCCAGAGCACAGUGGUUGGCCAUGCUGGCAAGUUGGUGUUUGGAAACCUCAGUGGCACUCCCUGUGUUGUGAUGCAAGGCCGCUUCCAUAUGUAUGAAGGCUACCCACUCUGGAAGGUGACCUUCCCAGUCCGAAUCUUCCAUCUCCUUGGCGUGGAGACCCUCAUUGUGACCAAUGCUGCUGGAGGGCUCAACCCUGAGUACAAAGUGGGAGACAUCAUGGUGAUCCGGGAUCACAUCAACAUGCCUGGGUUCGCUGGGCAGAACCCACUGGUGGGACCCAAUGAUGAAAGAUUUGGGGUUCGCUUCCCUGCCAUGUCAGAUGCCUACGACCAGGACGUGAGGAAGCUGGCCCAUACAGUGGCGUCUGAGAUGGGUUGUUCUGGGUGCUUUCGCGAAGGUGUCUAUGUUGCCUUAGGAGGCCCCAACUACGAGACCAUUGCUGAAUGCCGCUUCCUGCAGCGACUGGGUGCCGACGCAGUAGGCAUGAGCACGGUCCCCGAGGUGAUUGUGGCCCGCCAUUGUGGCAUGCGUGUCUUUGGCUUCUCCCUCAUCACCAACAAGGCUGUCCUGGACUACGAGACCAAGGAGAAGGCCAACCACGCCGAGGUCCUGGAGGCCAGCAAGCAGAGCGCCCGCACCCUCGAGAAACUGGUUUCCCUGAUAGUCCAACGCAUCGAGCACAACAACAACGUGAAGUGAUGCAUGGAGAGAGAGAGAGAGGACCUCCAGCUUUGCGCAAUGAAGAAUCAUUCACACCUCAGCAUGUCGACUCUUCCCUCUUGCUUCCCUCGCUUCCUUCCCAAAGAUCCGUCAUGGUCAAAUCCAGCUGCUACGUUAUUUUGUUUUGCUGUCAGCUUGUUUUCUGUCCUGCUUCGGUGGCAGAAGAGCUUUCGCCCCAAUGAAUUGUCCUUCUGUUUGUGCAGUUGACCUGUGGUGCAGUGUUGGUCCAUCUCUGUUUGCCUCCCUGUAGCUUUAGAACCUUGUUGUUUCUGGUUGUUUGUAUUGCAAGACUCUCCCUCCUUCUCCCCAGAGUAGUGCCAGGUAUCAAAAUCACGUGGGUCUUGCAACAGCUCACCUUUUAAAUCACCUUCAUAUAUAUUUUUUAAAAACUAAUAAUUUGAAAUUGCAGGAUGUGAGUUUGUGAAAUUCUGAAGGAGUCUGCUUCCCAUUUCAAAGAGCUCAUAUCAAUAGGUAAAUAAAAUCAGAACCAGGAUAAUCAACAGUUUCCAGUGCCACUGCCAGGGUUUAUUUGCCCAAACGUAGAGUUACGUAAAGUUAGACUUCAAAGCUCACUUGAUCCAACCUCUUGGAUGUGUGCCUCAUUCCUUUUUGUCCCACAAACAAGAGCUGGCCUCCCAUAUUUGAAGUAUUGUCCAUUUGUCUUUUUUAUGGUAGGGAUGUUCUGUGUAUAAUCCACUUGUCUGUUUGAUCUUUUAGUCUCUCUUCCUCCACACCCUUUACAGCUUAUUUCUGAGGCCUCUUCUACACUGCUAUAUAAUUUUCAAAGCAGAUAAUCCACAUUGUCUGCUUUGAACCAGAUUAUCUGAGUCUACACUGACAUAAUCCAGUUCAAAGCAGAUCAUCUGGAUUUAAUAUGGCAGUGUAGAAGGAGCCUGAGGCUCCUUCCACACAGCUGAGUACAAUCUCCCAUUAUCUGCUUUGAACUGGAAUGAAUAUAUGUCAGUGUAGACUCCAAUAACCCAGUCCAAAGCAGAUAUUGUGGGAUUUUCUGACUUGAUAUUCUGGGUUAUAUGGCUGUGUGGAAGGGCCCCGAGAGGGCCUUAUGGACAGGGAUCUUUUCAGCCAACAACUUAAAAGGAUCUCAUUUUGUCCAAUAAUAAUAAUAAUAAUAAUACAACAAUGGCUUGUUGUAGGUUUUUUGGGUUAUAUGGCCAUGUUCGAGCGGCAUUCUCUCCUGAUGUUUUACCUGCAUGUAUGACAAGCAUCCUCAGAGGCUGUGAGGUGACCUCACAACCUCUGAGGAUGCUUGCCAUAGAUGCAGGCAAAACGUCAGGAGAGAAUGCCUCUAGAACAUGGCCAUAUAACCCAAAAAACCUACAACAACCCAGUGAUAAUAGCCAUGAAAGCCUUGGCAAUACAACAACAAUAAUAAUAGGAAAAGCUUACGCAGUAUGAGGAUUUAAAGAUUGAACUGCAAAGAUUCUGGCACAAGCCAGUAAAGGUGGUCCCAGUGGUGAUCAGCCUGGGUGCAAUGCCUAAAGACCUUGGCCUGCACUUAAAAACAAUCCGCGCUGACAAAAUUACAAUCUGUCAGCUACAAAAGCCUACCCUACUCGGAUCUGCACAUAUUAUUUGCCGAUAAUUUCACUUGGGAAGUGUCUGACAUGUGGUCAAAUACAAAAGCCAGCAUAGUUGUCUUGUUUGCUGUGUACUAAUCUUGUUGUGAAUCAAAUAAUAAUAAUUUAUUUAUAACUUUCCCUAUCUCAUGACAGUUUUGUCCCAAAUCCAGUGAGCCAGGGCUUCUUCCUGAUGCAAUAAUCAACAUAAGGCCUUGAAAUAAAAAUGCACAAGCCCUGCCUGUAGACAAUUAGUAUACCAUGGAGAAGGAGGAUGUGUCAGCUUUGUGUGCAGUUGACUUAGAGGAGGAUUCAGUGAUCUGAGCCUGAAACUUUUCUGUUACCUUGUGAGAAAUAAGUCCCCCAGUCCAUUGUUAUGUCUGUAGCUCAUCUUGAUCUUUUCAAAAAGGUAAAUGGGAUUGUUUUAAAAGUAUCAUCCUAACCAAAAGAGCCCCUUUUUUCCCUCAAACCUCGAAGGUGAUAUUCUCACUUUCCAAAUCCCCCAACCUUUGCAGCUAGAUUUCUAAUAGAAGUGCCUGGUAAGAGACAUCACUGAGAGACACCUUUCGCAGCCAGUGUGAUUGGGCUGUGGGUUUUUGCAAUGGACAAUUGGGAAUGGACCAUUGCACCUUAUGGCACGUUUCAGGUCUAGGAAUGCGAAGCAUGCUACUAAAGAGCAAUAUCAGCAACGUGUACAUUCCCAAUAAUCAAGAAUUGGUGCAUUUUUAAGCAGUGGCAAAGAUGUGAGAACAAGAGUGGCUCAUUCCCUUUUUGGUAGUGAUUCCCUCCUCAUGCAUCCUAUUUUCUGCAUUGGAAAAAAAAAUGCGCCCUUUAGGGCUCUUUUGACAUGCUCAGGAAUGCCCCACAAGGACCCAACAGCCUUUAUUGUCCAUAUUAUUUAAAGAAAACAUUUAUUGUGUCUGCCUGUUACUUUCCUGACUUAUUCAUACUCAGAUAUAAUAUGUAGACAUGAGAUAAAAAGUUUGACAAUUCCUUUGCCCAACACCCAUGCUUUGAGAGAGCUUUGCAUCCAGCGGAGAUGAGGCUAGGGUUGCCAAUGGACCAAAUCUGCUGUGCUCUUGUGUCUUUUGCACCCACUCAGUUUGCAGAAUGCAUUGAGUCAGGUUUUUUUUGCCCACCACAGUAGAAAUGUAUUGAAUAUUAUCCUUAAACCUGUGCCCCUUUGGAUGUUGUCAGACUACAACUCCCAUUGUCCCCAACAUGGACUUGAUGGGAAUCCAGCAAUGCUCAGAGAUCCAGACAUUGGCCAACCUCGCUCUAAAAUCCAAUGUUUUUAGCUCCGACUUUGAUGAAAUUAUGAUAUGGUAGCUUCUGUGCUUUGCAAACUGAGCUAUACGUGUCUGAAACUUUUGUCUUACUUAUCUUUGUUCCUACUGUAACCUCAUAACUUUGCAAAUGGCAGCUUUGUAAUGCCAAGACACUGGAGGCAAUGACCACGAAUGUGCAAACGAAGGAUAUCGACUCAAGAGGCCCCAAAAGGUCUCAGCAGGUUCAGAAACAUAGAUAUAUAUAUAUAAGUAAUGUAUGUAUACAAUAUGAAUAUCUCUAUUUUUUUAGAGGAGUAUCAGCAUUCUGCACUUUUUAUUUUUAUUUAAAUGAAUGAAUGGAGCCCUGGUUUUAUUAAUUAUAAUAUGAGUGAAUAAUAAAAAAAGUUGGAACACA